AUGGUGGUCGUUAUGUACCAUAUUUGGUUGCAACGGAACUCGACAGUAUGGGAGUUCAAGGUGGGAAGGCCGGCGCAGGUACAUGCGAAGGCAUUUGCAUCCCUUGAUGCUUGGCGUGCGGCCACGUUUGGCUCGGAUUGGCAGCAGCAGCCUAUGGUACCCACUGCCGCGUCUGGGCAGUCGCCCUUGGUGCUCCAAUGUUCAUUCGAUGCGGCUUUCUCGGCCGCAACAAGGAGAGCCGCUUUUGGCCUUGUGUUGCAAGAUUCGAAUGGUGUUUUCAUUGCGGCCAAGAACGGUCCCGUACCAUUGUGUCAGGGACCCUUUAUGGCGGAGGCUUAUGCGUGUAAGGAGGCCCUAUCCUGGCUUCGAGAUCGUGGGGUUACGGAAGUUGUGCUCCGGACAGACUGUUCGAACCUGUGUCACACUCUUGUCAAUUCAGUGACUGAGUUUCACACUUAUGAUGGUGUAGCUGUUUCAGCAUGUCAAGACUUGAUGGAUUUAUUAGUUUCUUGUUCAGUUAUUUACAUUCCCCGCUCUUUAAAUGUUUUAGCUCAUUCGUUAGCUCAGGCAGCCUCUGGGCAGCCGAACUCUUCGAUAUGGGAGGAGUUUCCUCUUGCAUUUGUUUCGGCUUUGAUUAAUUAA